CUCUGCACAUGUGCCUUUGUGUUAGCCAGAAUUGGAUCUUGGUCAGUUUUUGGAUAGCCUAAUUCGCCUGAUUACUUAUCUGUCUUGCAAUAUAACGUUGAGCAUUGACAGUAGCUAACCUAACCACUUCUUUCCCCCCAAUAACUCUCUCGGGUGACUUAUAUCUCACUGGAGGCCACGUGAGCUUUGUGAAGCCAGCAGGACACAAUACAUGGAGAGAUGACCAACCAAUCACUGUUGAUGAGGGGAGUGGAACCUCAACCCAGCAUGUUAUUGUGAUAGAGUCUGCGGAGGCUGCAGGUCCUGGGGUCAAGCAGGAGAGUUCUGAAGGAGAGGAGGACCCACGUCACAUCCAAACUGGAGUGCCUCCUGUAGCCAUGGAGGACCCCACUACUGCCCCAGCGGCGCCCAGGACACGACGCAGCAUCACGGAGGUCGGUGGAACACUGAAUGCCGUCCUCAAGUCAGAGACAGACACCAAGAAUUUAACGGGUCUGGGGCGAUUGGGCUGUCCUCCUGCUCUCCGCUCAGAAUAUUUACUUGAUGGUAACCCAAGCCCGAGGAUGGAUCUGUCCCAUCAGGACUUAGGUGACACAUUACAGACUGGCAAUGAUCCGUCCUGUUCAUACGCUACAGAGAUGAUACCUGGUGACAUGCCAGUCGGCUUAGAUACACAGACUAAUCCAAUGAGAGGGGACUGGAACCGGUACAGUAGUAGUGUAUACUCUGAAGGGUGCCUAGAUAAGAAAGGGGAGGUUAUAGUGAUAGAUGAGGUGACUGUGAAAGUGGAGAGUGACGCUCUGACAUGGAAUGCAGACGAGACUCACUUAGGAGAAGGACACUCACAGGGCAACACCAGUGACUUCUUAGACUACAGGGAAAGCUUAGAGACCAAUCUAACUGUUGCAACCCACUCCCCUUUACACACGCUCAGGGAUCACGACCCACUGUCCACGCCGAUGGCACCUUCCGAUUCACAAUACCUUUUCGAUCAGGUAUUGAACUCAAACGACAGGGCUAGAGCCCAGGCUCGGGGAGGGGGAGCCACAUCAGGCAAUAGUAAAGAGAAACGGUUCCUCUGCAUGUUCUGUAAUAAAGGCUUCAGCAGCUCCCAGAAGGUGGAGAUCCACCAGAGGGUCCACACAGGGGAGAAACCAUACAGCUGUACCCAGUGUCAUAUGCGCUUCACCCAGGCUGGUGACCUGAAGAGGCACCAGAGGGUCCACACAGGGGUGAAACCCUUUAGCUGUACCCAAUGUCACAUGAGCUUCGCCCAGGCUGGCAACCUGAAGAGGCACCAGAGGGUCCACACAGGGGAGAAACCCCCUAGUGUGAGAAGAGGUUCUCCCACCAGCAUCAACUGAACAUGCACUUAAGUCCACACGGGAGAAAGGCCAUUCGCCUGUACGCACUACGGGAAGAGGUUCUCCGAGGAUACACCAGCAGAAAAAACAUUCCACGGAUUGACCUAGAAAUUAACCAUUCCUCUCGAUAGCUUCUGAAGUUUAGAUCAAACCCUGCAUUAAAGACAAAGAUAAAUGUUAAUUGGUGUCAGCAGAAAAGCUCCACAUAUGCAUUUGGAUUAACAGAUUUCAGUGUUGAAUAUUCCUGGGUAGAACAUUGCAUCCAGACAUGAUAUAAGCCUAAAAAGUUGUUCAACUACUUAAUGUUUUUCCCAAGACACUUUUAAUGAGAAAAUGAAUGCAGUUUAUCGAGUUCAUUCAGAUUUUUAGUUGAGACAUGUGUGGUUUUUAUAUGGUGUAUUUAAAAUGUGUAUGUUUAAUAAUCACAAAAUGGGACUUUUCAUUCAUUGAGACUCUCUUUAGUAUAUAUCACAUCUGAUCUCACCCUAUUCUUAAAACACCAGGCAGCGCUGUAUAACCGAUAUACAUGUUAAAAAAUGUAAAAAGCCAUUCGGCAUGCUUGAAUGGACACGUUUUUGAAUAGCCGUUUUUACAUGGUCCUUCAUAUCGCCAGAUUCUGACUCAGCUACAGUUAAGAUGUUCCAUUACCCAAAAGAGGCUUAAAUGUUGCUCAGAUGAGUUACCCUGCCCUCCUAAGCCAUAUGAGGCUGUUGUCACCACCCACAACACACGGACGAAGCCAUCGAGUCCCAGAAAAUGAGCUGCGAGGCCUUACACACCUCUCUCAUCACACAGUCAACCAUUGGUCAGGUAGUGACCACCCUCACCAGCUGGGACCUGCCCGUAAGAGAGAAAAGAUCAGGAGGAAAGAGCUGUCAAACAUAUGGCACGCAGCUAUACAUUUGUUAUAUAACUUUCUUCUAUGUAUUUUUUUGGGGGUGGAGGGGAAACAAAUUCAGUAUACAUUAAAAUGACUCAAACCAAAUCGAAACUAGAAAUUAUAAUUGACUUACAUUUACAGUGCAUUCUGAAAGUAUUCAGACCCCUUGACUUUACACAUUUUGUUAAGUUACAGCUUUAUUCUAAA